GCCGUGCUCUCCGUCUACGCACUCUUGCAGACCAUUGAGAUUCUCUGCAUUUACAAAAUGAUGAGAAGUGUACAGUUUCGAGUACUCAAUUUCGAACGGCUCUGUCAAGUUUUGAAUGCGUUCAUUGGCUCAUUGCCAACAUCAGCAGCAUCAUCAAACUCGACAGUGUCAAUACCCAACAAUGCCCAACAGGACGUCCCAAAUAAUGGUGCCACCAGUAACGGUGCUGUGGAGCCAAUACUAUCAUCUACCAAAACAGUUAUUGCCCCUGAUGAAAUCCAGAUUAAAACUCCCGAAGAAAUGGCCCUGACAGAGAAAAUUCUACAACCACCGGCACACUUGGCACGGCGAGCGUUUGCAUUUGGAUCGCUGGGACGAGCCAGGUUAGACCCCGAAGAGUUGAAACAGUUGCUAGAUAUCUUUGCCAGAGAAAAGUUUCUACUAGUGGUGGGAAAGAACAUGAAAGCCCCACGCCGUGGAGUGUUGAAGCGAUUGAUCCGACGAUUCAAUGCGCUGGAAAAGAAUCCCCGUCGUUGGAACAUUCAAGAAAAUUGCCACAUUGUGCUGCACACGGAAGCCACCAAUGCCGAUAUCGUCAAGAGUUCUUUGGCACUCUUGCUUCUUCGGAAAAAGUUGUCCCUGCUUGGGGACGUGCCGGGUCCGGAUGAGAUCCGAAGUAGAGAUUGUUUGGAUCUGAUUGACGAAUCAUGCCAACAAGCAGACCGUCUCUUGCCUAAACUACUGCGACAAAUGCAGAUCAAGGGAUGGACAUCUCCGGCCCGAUUCAUGUUUGGAAGAGUGACUAUGAGGGCUGAUUGGCCAAUAAUUCAGUCAAGAGGCAAAAAGAAGAGUGAACGAUGA